AUGGCAAAGACAACAACACCAGAAUUAAAGAAGUAUAUGGACAAGCGUCUCUCUCUUCAAUUGAACGGAAAUCGUAAAGUGACAGGUGUCCUUCGUGGCUAUGAUCCUUUCAUGAACAUUGUUUUGGACGAAACUGUUGAAGAAGUCAGCCCCACGGAAAAACACAACAUUGGCAUGGUGGUUAUCCGUGGUAAUAGUAUCGCUAUAAUGGAAGCACUUGAACGUAUUUAA